AUGAUACGGCCAGCAACGCCCUUGUCGGUGAUGCUCUUUGUAGCCUUCGUUCUUCUCAUCUUUUCCGUCAUUUCAAUUCCCGUCACCAAAUUCGUGCCGCUCGGGUCGUCCGAAGAUACCAAGUACGGCGUCUUUGGCUACUGCCAGGGCGAUACCUGUACCGGUAUUGCUAUAGGAUAUCCGCGAGAUGGAGCAUUGACCGAUGAAACUCAAAAAUUCAACCUGCCUAGCUCAGUCCGCCAUACUCUGUCCGCCAUUCUUGUCAUUCACCCGGUGGCGGCACUCCUAACUCUCAUCAUGCUGUGUCUGGCUAUCGCUGCUCACCUACAUACUACAUCCCAUUCCUCGAGAUAUCUCCUUGUUCUUUGCAUUUUCAUCCUCAUCACCUUUGUGGUUUGUGUUGCCGCUUUUGUCAUAGAUGUGGUCCUCUUCAUCCCUCACCUAGCAUGGGGCUCCUAUAUGGUGUUGGCCGCGGCCAUCGUUCUUGCCAUUUGCACCUUUGGAUCUUUCGCUAUGCGACGUACUAUUGUUAGCAGGAAGGCUCGCAAGAAGCGCAUUGCAGAGAAUGCAGAGAUGAGUGGCGAGAACUACUACAACAGAGAAGGCCAGGUGAAGCCGGCUCCCAUCAUUGCUAGCCAGCCCACUGUUCCUGUUGUGAGCGGAGGAAAUUCCGGAAGAGAUGGCCUCCCCGCAUAUGCGACGUUUGAAAGCCGGAAUCAGCGAAAGGACGACCAAGUUAGCGACGAGAGAAUCCCCCUGACACAGCGAAGUCCCGUGGAGAGGUCAGCGACGGCUGUUUACAGCGACAUGACAAAUAUGGGGGACGCCAGUAGCCUGGCCAAUUCAAGGCAAUCGCCGCCACGGGAUCGCUAUGGAAACCCCAUCCAUGGACCUGUUGGGGGCUACCGCGGUGGACGUGGUGGUGCUUAUGGUCGCGGAGGUUUCGACACCAAUGGUGUAGCAGGUCGAGGACGUGGUGGAGGAAGAGGAGGCUAUGGUCCCUCGCCUGACAGAGGGGGAGCCCGUGGGCGAGGUGGUUACGGGCCUUCCCGAGGAGCGUACGGGCCGAGAGGGGGACGCGGGCCGCCUCCAAUGGGUGCCUACGCUCAUAUGCCUCAGGGGCAAUAUGAUCAGAAACCGCCAGAUCGUGGGUGGAACGGGAGCCAACACGGCUCAGCAACGGAUACCAUUGAUCUUCCCCGGGCCGAGUCCCCGCCGCCUUUGCCAGGACAAGUCCCGGGUGGUUUUCGAGCUCUGGAGAUGAAUAAUACUCCUCUCCAGCCUCCGGAAAAUUUCUAUGGCCACCAUAACCAACUUCGUGAUAGCGAUGUGGAUGUCGUUGGCAUGGUUGGCUUGCAGCAAGGUCGUCCAAUUCCCGGAGGAGGGCGCGAGACGAUGAUGACCGAGGCAAGCAAGUACAGCACCGACGAGCCGCAACAAUAUGUUCCGCCCCGGGCUGCGUGGAACCAGAUCUCUGGAAAUAACUCGCCCAGAGCUGCUUCUCCAGGUGGGAUGCCAGGAUCGCGUAGGGACUACUAUGAAGACACCAAUCCUCGAUAUAACCCUGCGCCGCCUUCUGGAUCCGUACAAAGCCACCCAUCUCUCUACCCGGCGCCACUGUACGAGGAGGCUCCUGCUACGGGCGUCAGAGCACGAAGCCCGGCUGGAUCAGAACGAUCCAAUUUCACGUCUAUUUCCCAACGAGGGGUCAAUCCUCGAUGGGAACCACAUCCACCUUUGCCCAAUCAGGGACCCCAGAGCGGUCGAGCGGCCCAGAUGAAGCAGCAGCGUCAGGAUGUGCUCUUGAGCAACAAUCCCGACUUCCAGUUACCAAGUUUACGUGGGCCAGGACCGAAACGAACUGGCACUGGGAUGAUUCCCGGAAGUGCUUAUCCCGGAGGCGCCAUUUAG